AUGUUCAGAGAGGAUCACUUGGGAGAACAUGUUGUUUUUGUCCACAAUUAUACUGAUGAAGAACGCGAUGUCCUGCUAAAGCGUUUGGGAUCUGGUUCAGCUAUGGAGUCUGCAGCUCAUCUUCCGACGCUUUUCAAAUGCAAACACUGUGCCUCAUCGUUUUGGACGAAGCGUGCUUUGAGUUCUCAUUUGCAAGAAAGGCAUGCAAGUGAUGAGCCUUUGACAUCAACCGUAGCAUCUGUGGGAUUCGUGUGUGCUAACGAUGGAUGCGAAAACUUGUUUGAGAGUUGCGAGGAAUAUCUGUAUCACUGUGCUGAGCGACACAAAGCGGAAACGAAGCAAAAUUUCAAAGUAUUUGAUCUAUCUUUCGAUACCGUUGAUGAAUUUUUGGAGUGGAAAUCUGAUGUCGAAGAGCGGACGUGCACCUCCUUUCGGAUGCUGCCCAUCAAAAGUGAGCAAGCUGCCGAGUAUGCAUGUCAUCGCUGCAGUUCUUGCCCGGAGAAUACAUCACUUAGCUCCGCCAAGCGCUGUACUGCAUUCAUAAAGUGCCGCAUGCGGAAUGACGGCACCGUGGAAGCAAUCGGAUGUACAGACCACAUGGGGCAUGACAGAGACGUAAAGAGUCUACUGCUUACUAUCGGGCAAAAGGAGAAGUUACUAUUGCUUAUUGCA